CACAUCCAUGUUGUCUGACCGGAGGAUGAGUCGGUAGGAGGCUAACGGCUAACGUCACGGAGCGGCGGCACCGGCCCGGUUCUUCAUGUCCCUUCAUGUUCUGACGUCGUCCAGUGGAGCCGUUACCGUCACCAACCGGUCCGGACUACACAUGGCUGCGGGUCGGUGCUCGGCCGGGCUGCCCGGGUAGCUCGGCGGGGAGAUGCCGCAGCUAGCCGCCGUUAGCUCCGCAGCUGUUUGUGUCUGUGGCUGUUAUGUAACGGAGGUAGCCGACAGCUAACGUUAGCCGCCGCCAUGAACGACGCGCAGCAAGAAAUGUCUCCGGACUUCGUCCUGAUGCGGCUCGUGUCCGCCGCCGAGUACGACCGGCUGGACGAGCCCGACGACCUGAUGUCCGGAGGCGGCGGCUUCGGGCCCGUCAAAGCGGCGCUGGGACACCGCGGCGGCGGGUUCGAGCUAGACUCCAGCGGUCCCUCGGCAGGCCUCGGCUCGGCAUCCCCGCACUACAGCUCGCCGCUCCACGGGAAAGGAGAGCUUGACGGCGGCCUGGUGUUGACGCAGGCCUCGCCGGGCUCCGAGGCGCCACUCUCUCCUCCGCCGCCAGAGGACUUUGCCGUAGCGGCCCAGCGGUUUGUGGACUUCCCAGUGCCGCACGGCCACAGCUCGGGGGGGCCCGGGUCCAGGGCGCAGUUGAUGGUGUUCCAGAAUCUGCUGCGGUCCGGAGACCGGAUCCUGGAGUGCGGGUUGGAGCAGCCACCCCCGGGGUUCCUGCAGGAGGAGCAGAGACAGCAGCACGACCCGGACUCAGGGACCGGUCCUGGAGGUACCACGGCUGGGCCCGGAGGCGGGAGGGACCAGAACUCCCACUGCGUCCCCCCUACAGAGGACAGCCUGCAGCCACAGCCACAACUCCUGCAGUGGCACCCUGUCCUCCGGCUGUCCAAAGGCUCUGACGGCUCCCAGGACCCCCAGCAGGGCGUCCCAGUUCUGGACUCUGAUCCCGGGUCUGUGCUGUGCCACAGACACCGUCUGCUGACAGACCGGCUGGCGAAGUGGCCCCCAGGCCUGCUGGACCAAGCCCUGCGUGUGGGGCUUCUGGAGCCCAGGAAGAACUGCCCCUCAGGGGGUGAGGACCCGGUUCUGGCUCUGGCCCGGAGGCUGGGUCAGCUGGGUGAGGGGAGGGAGGGAGGCGGGGGGGAGGACACGGUUCUCCCCCUCUCUCGCUGCUCCUGCCACAGCGUCCUGGCACCAGGCCCGGGGGGCAUGGGGCCCGGCGAGGACCCGAGCGAGACCAGCGACGCCCUGCUGGUCCUGGAGGGUCUGGGGUCCGAGGAGGUGGGGGGCCUGGGGCGGGGUGGGGAUGGUCAGGAAGCUGACAAAGGGGAUGUGGGGGGGGUUGGCGGCCUCCCUGGGGGGGCAGGGCCGGUGUUCUCCAGUGGAACCCUGAGUGGGCUGAUGCGGCAGGUCCACCGGCUGGCAGAGGAGGCGGGGGUCUGCACCGACAAAACCUGCCGCUCCACGCUGGCCGUCCUCCCCCCCCAUGGCUCCGCCUCCUGCCCCUACCCGCCUGUCUGCCCCCAGGCUGCCACCACCCUCAGCGGGUUCCAGACGUCCUCCGACCCCCUUCCCACCUCUGGCCCUGACCCGGCCCCCCAGCCCGCAGCAUCAGCACCAUCCCGGUCCCAGCCACAGAGCCGGGCUGCCACCCCCAAGCUCGGCGUGGCCUCAGGGGGGCCUGGCCGGGCCGCCUCCCCCCUGGUGGUCCUGGAAGGUGAGAUGGGGGGAGGAGGGGGAAGGGAGGGGGAGAAGACACCACGGGGGAAGUCCAGGAAGGGGGGCUCCCUUAAGAUCCGACUCAGCAAACUGUUCAGAACCAAGAGCUCCAGCGGCGGGUCGGGGGCGCUGCUGGACAAGAGGCCGUCCCUGGCUUCAUCCACCUCAUCUGGGGGGAGUCUGCUGGACGUGUGGGGGUCCACCUGCAGCAACACUGACCAGGACAGCAGCAGGCUGCAGGUUUCCAGACCUCACAGUGCCUUCUCUCCGGUGCCCUUCACUCCUGCUUUCACCGGUGAGACGGUGUCUCUGGUUGAUGUGGAUAUUUCUCGCAGGGGUGGGAGCUCCCUACACCCUCCCACUCCUCCUCCUCCUCCCAGGCGGAGUCUCAGUCUUCUCGAUGAUUUCGGGGGUCCUCCUCAGCAUCAGGGGCCCUUCAUGGAGCGCAGCGUUGGGGCCUCCAUGCAGUCUCUGCCUCCCCGGCCGAUGGCGCUGCCCUCCUCCCUCAGUACCAUCCAACACAGCCUGAGCCUCAACGACACCUUCCUGAGGGGUUUACCCCGACCGGUACCGCUGCGACCCGACGGCCACCCGCCGCCCCGACUCGCCCCCCGCUGCCCCCUCAGUCGACCCGACGCCGGCAGCUUCGCCACCAGCCUCAGAGAGCUGGAGAAGUGUGGCUGGUACUGGGGUCCGAUGAACUGGGAGGAUGCAGAGAUGAAGCUGAAGGGGAAACCAGACGGUUCUUUUCUGGUCCGGGACAGUUCGGACCCUCGGUACAUCCUGAGUCUGAGCUUCAGGUCGCAGGGCGUCACGCACCACACACGCAUGGAGCACUACAGAGGAACCUUCAGUCUGUGGUGUCACCCUAAGUUUGAGGAUCGAUGUCACUCUGUGGUGGAGUUCAUAGAAAGAGCCAUCAUGCACUCCAAGAAUGGGAAGUUCCUCUACUUUCUGCGUUCACGAGUCCCAGGUCUGCCCCCCACCCCAGUCCAGCUCCUGUAUCCCGUCUCCAGGUUCAGCAGUGUUAAAUCUCUUCAGCAUCUCUGUCGCUUCUGCAUCCGGCAGCUGGUCCGAAUCGACCACAUCCAGGAGCUACCGCUGCCCACGCCUCUGAUCGCCUACCUGAGGAAGUUCUACUACUACGACCCGGAGGAGGAGAUCAGCCCCACACUGAAUGAGCUGAAGGAACCGAGGGAGGUGAAGGAGCCGAGCCCUGAUCAGAGCAGCCAGCUGGGGGUCGAGUCCCAGACGUAGCACCGGAGCCCAGAGACGGCAUCUUUUCUUUUCUUUGUUUCUUGGACUCUGAAGGACGUUCAAACUUUCAAACCGCAGCCAAUCAGCUCGUUCCGCUCAGUCCUGUAUCCGGGCGGGUUUCAGAUGAUCCGUCCUCUUCCAGGCUCUCUGAUUGGCUCACAGGGAGUCGCCAGGAGAGGGACAGGGGAUGUGGAGACUCUGCCUCUCUCUGAUGUCAUCACUGAGCAGCCGGACUGAAGGACGUUAGCAAAGACGCUAAACUCUCCAAAAGAGCCUCAAUGAGGACCAACGGCGGCUCUCGUCUGGGAUCAUGUGACCUCCAACGGCCAAUCAAACGCGGCCGCAGUUUUACUGCAACAACAGAACCGAGUCAGAACUCCAACAAGAAUCCAACUCAGAGUCCACGAGACACUUUCAGAGUGGAAGUGUCCAAAAAAACCCCACAACAACAUUAUAACAAAGAGACGCACAAAAUGUCGAAAUGACAACAAUGUGAUAUAAAAUGGCCACAGAGAGACUAAAAAACAAAACAAAACACAGAAAUGUCAAAAAACAUACAAAAAAGACAAAGGAGAAAAUGACAACAAAGACAGAGUGACACCGAUGUGAUCUAAAAUGACCACAGAGUCCAAAUAAUGACUAAAAGACAUAAACACAGAGACAUUAAAUGACUACAAAAACACAAAAACUUACAAUGAGACAUAAAAUGACAAUCAAAGACACACAAACCAUCUGAGUACUGAAAGGUUGUAACUUGGAGAAUAAAUUCAUCGACCAGUCAAUAAAAAUAAUCCACAGGUUUUAUAGUUGAUGAAGAAAAAGUGAGUCUUUUGGGGAUUUUGAACUUUUGGUUGAACAAAACAGAAGUUUCAAAAGUUUUACUGGCUCAGAUUUUACUAAUAAUCACAUUAAUCAACCUGCAGAAUGUGAACUGCAGUGAAAAGCAGCAUAUCGUCUCCAGUUCGCCUGAAAAACUAAUAAACAAACUUCAGUGGCUAGUUGAUGCUAGCUAACGCCAGAGCAGCCAUGUUUUUAAUUUAACAACAUCUGUAAAGUGUUUUUGAAGAGGUGGAGACACAGACAGAAUAACAGUUCAGUCUGUGCUGCUCUGCUCCCAGAGCUCCUGUAACCAUUUGGGGAAGAAGUUUGUUGUGACUCAGAUUUCUUUCAAUGCUGAAGAAACUGUUUGAUAAUCAAAUAAUAAUUGAGGAAGUUUUUUUAGAAAAUCUGUCAAACAUUUUCUGGUUCAAGAAUCAGUUUCUUUUCUUGAUUGUAAACUGAAGUUUUCAUAAUUUUCUCUUCUUUUACUGAAUAAAUGAGUAUAGUUAGUGGAAAAAACACAACUUAAACUAAAAGGUCUCAGCUUCACAUCUCAUGUUCAAAAAGACGUCUCGGUUUAUCGAGCACCAAUUGAAAAUGUAAACGUUCAGUUCUUACCUGAAAAUAAAAAUGUGCAGUUUGGACUCUGAGUUGGACCGAAGCUUCAUCACUGAUCAGUGAUAAGGCCGAAACAUCUGGAGAACAGCUGGAACGUGUGGGAGGCGGAGUCUGAAUGCAGGUGUAGAUGUUACUGAUACUGUCACACAGCAGGAUGUUGGGUUCAUUCAUUCAUUUAUUAUUGUCAUCAUUGAUUAUUUUCUGGAUGAAUCGAUCAGCUGUUUGGUUCUAAAUCAUCAGAAAAUGUUUAAAAUGUGGAUCAGUGGUUCCUCAAAUGUCUUGUGUAGUCCGAAGAUCUUCAGUUUACUGUCAUAAAGGAAAGAAAAUAUUCACAGUCAAGAAGCUGAAAUGACUGAAACUGAUAAAUCAGUUAUCAGAAGAGUUGGAGAUUAAUAUUUAAAAAUUCAAUUUUUCAGGAGAAUCUAAAUAGUUCCUCUGAUGUCAGGUUUGAAAUGAGCUGCCAGCAGGUCAGACUCCGCCUACUUUCACGGCUGACCAAUCACAACACAGUAACGGUGCUGGGUCACAUGGUUCUGGUCGGGUUUCAUCGUACCUUCCGACAGUCCGUGGGAGGAAACGGGAUCCUGGAGGCGACGCCGCUCAGCUACCAAAAAAUAAAGGAGAGUAGCGUUACCGUGACGACUACUGAACUAGGAGGCUUCACUGGGAACACUGGAGCCCUGAGGGUCUCCUCCAUGAUGUCAAAGUGGACACAUGAGUGAUGUAUGUGCUCACUGAAGGACCAAUCAGUCACCUGUCAAUAAAACAGUGGGCGGGGCUGACGGUACACCUGUCUGAAAAAAAACCCCACCCUGAUUCUGACCCUCAAA